AGAAGAACCUCGCAAUGAAUUAUCUUCUCCACCGUCAGCGCACCCCAGGGGCCGUGAUACCCGUUCCGGACGAGCUCAAGGAACUAAUGUCGGAGAUUAGCCGAGAAGUGCUACGUGCACAGCCUCCCAAUGUGAUCGGUUUUAUUGCGGACUAUCUGGAGGCAAAACUGAUCCGACGGGAGAAUCAGAUCGUUGCGAACAAAGUGGUUGACACGGUGCUGGACAUUAGCCUGGACAUCAUCGCGCUGUUGGACGAGAUUGGACUCACCCGGGAAAAGGCAGAACGGGUGGUGCAACUGAUUCGGGAAGCAUUCCGAAAUCACUUUCGUGUGCGCACUUCGGACGACAGUUUGAGGGAAGUUUUUCGCGAAGAGGAAGUUCUCAGAAGGCUUGUGGAUGAGUGUGAAUUUACCGAUGAGGAAGCGUUGAAAACGGGAAAGAUCAUUGAGCGAGCUUACAAGACCUACUUUUUGAGAAAUGUUUAUAAGGAUUACCACGGACCGGCAGUGACACGUGACUGGAAAGACGCGGCGAAACACACACUGGGGAUCUAUGCUGCCAGUGGAGCUACAAAAGAGGAAAUGGAACGGGCAGCCGUACGAAUACAAGCUGCCUAUCGUGGGUACUACACAAGAAAGCGACAGGAGUUGGAUCAGAAGGCGGUGGUUAUCCAGCAAGCAUAUCGGAAGCAUCAAACAAAACAACUUGUUUCCGGUGUUUUGGAUGACAUCAUAGAAGACGUCGUAGACCCAAAAUUCUCAGGGCGUGAAGAAGUUAUAUGGAUUGUAGAUAUGGUUCUCGAUAAAGAGUUGUGCAAUGAACCCGGUAAUAAGCAACAAAUGGAAGAAGCCGCUGUAAAAAUACAAUCAGUGUUUCGAGGAAAACAAACGAGGAAACAUCUGCGUGAACACAGUUACGACGGUGACGAACAACGAAUAACAAAAAUUUCACUGGAUUCCCUUGCAAACCCACCACCAAGCAGCAGCUCGAAGAAAGACCUUGAAAAGGCAGCUAUUCUGGCACAAUCUGCGGCUCGAGGUCACCUAACGCGUCGGCAGAUCCAAAAGGAGAAAGCUGCUAUACAAAUACAGAGUCAUGCUCGGGGCCACCUUACACGAAAGAAGCUAUCAAAGAAUCAGACAGACAAGUAACAAACUCGCAGACCAGUUGGGCUGACGGAUAGCAAACACGCAGCGAAGGCCGUGGAAACUAAC